CAGUUCCCCUAACUCCAACUGAGAAAUCGGGAUGUCAUGGUCUCCAGUGUCAAAUGCAGCCAUAAGAUCCAAGAGCAAGAGGACAGCAUAAUCACCUUAGUCAGUAGCUAGUAACAGGUCAUUACAAUGCGGAUGCUUUGAUCUCAUCCAAUCAUAAUGCAUAUUCAACACAUAUGUCCAUUUAAGGUGCCUAACUAUGCUUUCCAGAUGCGUUUCUAAGAAUUUAAUGCAAAUAAUUUUCUAAGUAGCCAUUAACUAAAAUAGCAUUCUGUCUCACCCUUGUCUUGCACACACACACAAAUGGAUUUCCUGUUAUCUCUAAGCUCAUCAAAAACUCAAGCAAACUAAAGCACUCAGAGACAGUCUAAAGAACACUCUUUAGUACAGUAAAGCAAGUAAUAAUAAUAUUUCAGAUAGAAAUAAAAUUUCCUCCACACUCUUUUAUGGAGAAUAACUAAUAGAGAGCUCACAUCAGGUGUUAUAGGCCUCUAUCUAAUAGGUCUCUCUAGUAGCAAUUUAUAUAACUGCACUGAGUUGUUGCAAAUGAGUUUGCAAAAAAAGUUUAUUUUGCUGUCAGUAAAGAAAUUUGCAGUUUGAAUAGAAUAAGUAAAUAUUUAUUAUAAGAUUUGUUACACAUCUAACAUUUCCUAUCUCAUUAAGAGUACACUGUUGUAUGACAACACUUUUGUCAUUUUUGCAAAUGCAUUGCAGGAAUGUAUUGGCAUUUUUAGAGUUAAACACAUUCCCAAAAAAAACACACUCAAACAAAACAAACAUGCAAUCGACCCGUGCACACUGUACUUUUUAAGUAGAGUUGUCAAUUAAUAUUUGAUUUACUGUCCUAGUGCAAGCUGUUUCUUAUUUUUUACUUAUAAGAUGUAAAAUCAAUGCACUCAUUAUCACUCAUCUAAGACCCUUGAUGAAUCUCAAUUGUCUCAAUAAUCUAAUGUCUAUGUGCCUGAGGAUAGUAUAAUGGACCCUUUUAAAUAUACUCUCAUAUACAAAUAUUAACUGGCCUUAAAAUGUACUCAAAGUUACAGAGGGCCAAAAUUACUUGAGUUAAUAUAUGCAAAUUAUUAAUUUACAUAUAGGAUAUUAUCAGAAAUUCUGAAACAGGUGAAUUAUGAAACAUACAUGCACCUUACCCAGAAGAUCAAAUGUGGUGGAAUCUUACUAGAAUCUAAAAUUGCAAGGAAUUUGUCUAAAUAACCACAGCCAUCUAAGGCAUCAAGGAAAAGAAUCAACAUGCAUCUCUUUUUUCAUGUUUUUAAGUCAAUGCCAGUAAGGACCUGUGACCAAAUUUUCCAUAAACCUAAAAAGACACAUAACAAGAAACUCCACCUGCUUCAGUGACAAUAGAAGCCUUCCUUCAAAAUCAUGACAUGCAUAUUUGUGAAAACAGGACAGCAGUACAGAGGACACUGUUUUUACGGCAACACACAAUAGUUAAGCAGAGAUUCAACAUCAUCCAAAUGAACAGCAGACGUAAAUCAGAUUUAAAUGCUUCAUGUCACAAUGAAGCAGCUGAGGUGGAGGAAGUGUGCACAGGUUUUCUAAUAAAGUCCCCUCCUCCUAAACAGAUAAAAAAUAGGAAAUCAUGGAAGAAACGCUUCUUUGUGCUUUCAAAGACAAGUGGCAGCUGCCAUGAGCUAAAAUACUACAAAACCACUGAGAAAGGCAAACCUAUAAAAACUAUACAAGCUUCCACCAUCACAGUACUGCAAGUGCUUCCUCAAGCAAAUCCAGUUUUUGAAUGGAUCUGUAACGCCUUCAAGUGCUCUCCAUCCUCUGUGCUUUUCAUGAAAGCAGAAGAUCCAGGAGACAAGGUCCCAAGAGAAUUUUUCUUCAUUGGUGACAGCAGUAAGGAUGUGGAUAGUUGGUUCAAUGCUUUAUUCGGAGCUAUAAAGAAUAACAAAAUUGAGCCACAAACUGAACCUCAGAGCACGACAGAAUCCAACUCCAAUGACCAAAGCCCCCCUGACACUGAAGAGAAUGAAGUUGAUAGUAAACCUCCACUGCCUCCAAGAAAGAAGCCAGCAUCUGAAGAUGUUCCCACCCAGAACGCUCAGUGUAGCCAAUCUCCCAGAAGCAGUCCAUCUGCAACACCGGUGUAUGAAAAUCAGAAAGAAGAGGAACCACUGCAUGAGACUGCAGUGGAAAGUAAUGAGGACAUGUCAUCAGGGGAAAGUGUGACUUGUACAUCUGAAAACAGUCUGUUGGAUUGUGUCACAAAAGCCUUCAAUGACAUGAAGACAACACAAACAUCCACUGAGUCAGAUGGACAAAGUGAAACGCACACCCUCGUCGAGAAGGAAAUCUACAUAAGUCAUCAUAAUGCAAACAUCUUGGUUAUUUCAAAGGAGGAGGGAAAACCAUGUGUAUCUAAAUGUGGGGAGAUUGAGGCUUCAUCUCUGUUACACAAGGGAGAUCAGAUCCUGGCUGUCAAUGACCUGUUGACAGACACGGUGGAAGAGGUAUAAACAUACCUAAGAAGACUCAGCAAGAGCGAGGUAGUCAUGAGUCAGAGUACAAGAAUGAUUUUGUAAAUAUAACCAGAGCCAAAUGGUUAUAGUUAAACUUACAUUCUUUGCUCUCUCAAGGUAAAACUAACCAUUCAAAGGCUCCUGGGCUCCAUUCCUUUGAAUUCUGAACCCUGCUGAGGACAAAAAAACAAAAUCUAUGGUUCUUCUUUGGCUUUUUUUAAGCCUUUCAAUUCUCUUAAAAUCAAUGUGAAUUUUUUUUUCUUUUUUCCUAUGGGGAAUAGCAAUGUGCUGGCAAUCAGUAGUCAAACAGAAGGAGUUAAAAAUUAUGUAAUGUAGUAUGACUUCUAGUCUCUCUUUUGGUGAUUUCUGAAAUGCUUCACUGACAUUUAUGAUUUGUUAGUGCCAGAUCGUACAGGCUGAAAAUAUUGCUCUUGUUUUUUUGUGUGCACUGAGACUUGCUGAGCUUUUGUCAUUCUAAAAAUAUUAAUCACAGAAAUUCAUUUCUAUACUUGUCAUUUUGCACUAUUCUGUAGUACAUCAGCAAGGUUGAGGCAAUAGAAACAUUUAAAGUUUUAAUAGAACUUUCCUCUAGCAGUAAAUGAAUGUUGGAUAGUAUUAAGAUAGGUUGAACAGUAUUUUUCUAAUCAUCUUAAAAUACCUGUGAAUCUGUGUACUGAAAUUGCAUUUAACUGCAGUAUAUUUUGUAGCCACAUGGUGGCAGACUAACACACACUGAAUUAAAUUAAAACUUAAUCUUUUAUUCUUAUAACCUGAAUUCUGUUUGCUCCUGUUCAGCAUAUUAAUUCACAUCAAAUUAUCUUUUAUUAUAUUACUUUGGCCAAGAAUGUGUUUUUAUAAACUGACAGCUGCAUUAUUGCAGUUGCAUUGAAA